AUGGCAACUGUUAAAGGAUGGUUUAUCCAUCAAUUUGAUGUCAACAACGCUUUUCUCCAUGGUGAUUUAGAAGAGGAAAUUUAUAUGUGUAAACCCCCUGAUACACCAAAGGAGGACCCCACCAAGUGUGCAAAUUACUUAAGAGCCUAUAUAGCCUUAAGCAAGCUUCAAGACAAUGGUAUUCCAAAUUCUCUUCCUCUCUUAUUGCUUUUGGAUUUCAUCAAUCUAAAGCUGAUUAUAGUCUCUUCACUAUUGGAUGGCACUUCAUUUACUGCAUUGCUUGCUUAUGUUGACGAUAUUAUUGUGGCUGGAAAUUGCUCUUCUUCUAUUGCUUCCCUCAAAACCUUCCUUAAUACCCAUUUCAAAAUUAAAGACCUUGGAACUUUGCAUUAUUUUCUUGGGUUAAAGGUUGCCCGCUCAUCCAAAGGCAUCCAUCUAUGCCAAAGAAAGUACGCUUUGGAUAUCUUAGCCGACUUGGGUACACUUGGGAGCAAACCUCUCAAAAUACCCCUUGACCAAAACUUUAAAAUUAGCAAGACAACUGGUGUUCCUUUGGUUGAUCCAAGUCCCUACCGUCGACUCAUUGGGCGUCUCUUGUACUUAACAAUCACUAGACCUGAUAUAUGCUAUGCUGUCCAGUUAUUGAGUCAAUUUAUGGAUCAUCCCACUUCUACACACAUGGCCACUGCACACAAAGUAUUGAGAUACAUCAAAGCUGCCCCUGGCCAAGGUAUUUUACUAUCCUCUAAAUCUCAGCUACAACUCAAGGCCUUCUGUGACUCCGAUUGGGCCUCUUGUCCUGACACUCGUCGCUCCAUCACAGGUUGUUGCAUCUUCUUGGGUGACUUACUUGUUUCUUAA